AUGGAGCUGAAUAUCGAUUAUAUUGGCCUCGCCUACGCGGUGCUGGUCCUGCUCGGCGGCGUUGUUGGCUUCAUCAAGGCCGGAAGUGGAAUGUCACUGGCCGCCGGACUCAUCAGCGGCGUGAUCGCGGGCUAUGGAGCGUUGACCAGCAACUUUUACGUGCUUGCGGGUAAGUCUUUCACUUUGUUCUUGUUGAUGUUUAGGUGUGGCCGUGGUUUUGGGCGGUGUGAUGGCGUUCCGCUUCUACAAGAGCGGGAAUUUCAUGCCUCCGGGCUUGGUCCUGGUGUUGAGGUGAGAUUUUCACUGUUUGGAGCGUGGGAGAGUUGCUUUUUCCGAGGGUUUGUCGUCUUUCUUGUUGUAUGCCAUGUGGAAUAUAACUAAUGUCUUUGAUAAGCGUUUUCUGGAUUUUUAUGUUGCGAGACAAGGUUUAUUAGAUUUUCAAGCAGUCUAGCUCUCUUUUAAGGUCAAGAUAAUUAGGGGUUUAUGGCUUUAGACGUCUACGUUAUGUUAUUCGUCAUGGAUAAUAUAAUUGGUCUUUUCAAUGUGAUUUUUUUACUUUUUCGAGGUAAGAAUAGUCAAUGCACCUCCUAAAUGCCUUUGUCUUUCCUCUGAUACUGCCAGCGUUCUGAAAGUUUUGAUGUGGUCGUUAUUUUUGAUCAAAAAUAUCCUGCCAUCAUGUGUAAUAUAAAUUUUAGUGUUAUCCUCCUCGGUCGCUGCAUUUUUGCGUUUGUUCAGCAAGCCAGAGCGUAG